AUGUGGUUGAUGCAGCGCUGCCAAGGCGCCGCCGUACGGCACGGCGUUGCUCGCUGCCAGCAGGAGGUUUCGGCACUCAUAAGCGGCAAUGCAAGACGCGGAUUCACUGCGGAAUCCGCCGCGAUCUGCUGGAACUGUAACGUGAGGGGUAGUUUACUUCACUCCGGCUCAAGCCGUAGGGAAGGAGCUUUGUCAAGCGUCUUCGACGCACGCAAUGCGCGCCACUUCUCCUCGAAGAAACGAGGUGGCGGAAGUGGCGAAAAGGAUUCCGACCCUGGCAGCAACGGCGGCGAGGAUGGCAAGCCGGAGGACGUCGACCAGCCUCCCAGGGUUGUUGGAACCAUAUUUAAUGGACCGCCGAAUAUAGUGUUCCAGGUCAUACGUGGCCAGAAUGCGGCAAAGCAGCGAAUAGGGCGAAAUGCCUCGGGUGGCAAGAUAAGGCGCUUGCCCAUACCAAUAAAGACCGAGGAAGCGGCAUCCAGUGGCGGUGAGGCCGCUGCCACCGAGGCCCAUCCAGCCGACGGAACUGGACACGAGGAACACCCGAAGGCUGAAGGUUCCCAUACUUCGGUACCUGUUGAGGAAACCACUGACGGUGACGCCGUGGAUAAACAACUCAUUACGGUGGUCGAGUCGGUCCCAGGCGAUCACGAUGGCGCCGCUGCCGUUAUCGACCCCCAAACCGCGGAAGAAGAGGUUACUGUGGUAGCCAACAGCGGCGACAAGGAGAGCGAGAAAAUAGAGGCGCCUGAGUACGAUGGGAAUGCCCCUGUUCAGUUUAGGCUGCCCAUAUUGCACUUCCACUCCACCAGUCGCCUGCACGCACUGCCCGCACUCGCCAUGUUCCAGAAGCCCGCCUUCCCUGGAUUCUACCAGGUGCUGCAGAUACAAGACCAGGCGGUGCUGCAGUGCCUCUCCAACAUAAAGCAGAACACCGGCAACGACUACGUCGGUGGGUUCCUGACGAAGACCCAGCAUACGCGCGACUUCCAAAAUGUCGCGAUGCCGAUGCUGAGGGACGACGCUGGAGCGGUGCAGUCGUACGAAGAGAUGCACGUGCACGGCACGCUGCUACAGGUGAUAACGAUCACACCCCACCUAUCGCACCAGGGCGGCCAGGUCAUACUGAUGCCGCACCGCCGCAUCAAGAUGACCGGCAUACACGCCGAGCCGUCGGAGUCGUACCCGCUUUUCAGGGUAUCCAUCGAGUACGUUGAGGACGACCUCAAGAACUUCGAGGACUCCCGCGUGACCAAGGCGCUGCAUCUGGAAAUCAUCGCCACGGUCAAGGAGCUCAUCAAGACCUCCAACUUCUACAAGGAGCACUUCGACCACAUCAUCCGCAUAUACAACCUGGACAACCCGUCGCGAAUCGCGGACCUCAUCGCGGGCAUCUCGAUGGCGAAACGCGACCAGCUGCAGGCCAUCCUGGCCGAGGUCAAUAUCGACAAGAGGCUGGCCAUGGUGCUCGAGGUCGCGAAGAACGACCUCGAGUUCGCGAAGGUGCAGGCCGAGGUGAAGACGCAGAUCGAGGAGAAGAUGUCGCGCGAGCAGCGCAAGUACAUCCUCACGGAGCAGAUGAAGAUGAUUCGCAAGGAGCUGGGCCUGGAAAGCGACGACAAAAACACGCUGAUCGAGGCGUUCGAAACCGAGUACGCCAAGGUUGAGAAGUUCAUGAGCAAGGAGGCCUCGGAGAGCUACAAGAGCGGCAUCAGCAGGCUGAAGCAGCUUGAGACGUCGAGCGCCGAGUUUGGCGUAUGCAGGUCCCACCUCGAGUGGCUGCUGGGCAUGCCCUGGGGCAAGUUCACGAAGGAUUCGCGCGACAUACGUAACGCACGGCAGGUGCUGGACAAGCACCACUUCGGCCUGAAGGACGUGAAAACCCGGCUGAUGGAGUACAUGGCGACGUCGAUACUGAAGGGCACAGCCAACGGCAAGAUCAUCUGCCUGGCUGGUCCCCCGGGAGUGGGUAAGACAUCCAUCGCCACCUCGGUGGCCGAGCUGCUGGGCAGGAAGCUGUAUAGGUUUUCGCUCGGCGGGCUUUUCGAUGUGGCCGAGCUCCGAGGCCACAGGCGCACCUACGUCGGCGCGCUGCCCGGCAAGUUCGUCCAGGCCCUGAAGUACACGGGCUCCAUGAACCCGCUGAUAGUGCUCGACGAGAUCGACAAGCUGGGCAGGGACGCCAGGGGCGACCCCGCUUCGGCGCUGCUGGAGGUCCUCGACCCGUCGCAGAACGAGAACUUCCGCGACUACUACCUGGACAUUCCGGUGGACCUGUCGCACGUGCUCUUCAUCUGCACCGCCAACGCAGUUGACACCAUCCCGGGGCCGCUGAUCGACCGCAUGGAGAUCAUCAACAUCCCCGGCUACCUGCCUGAGGAGAAGCUGCAAAUCGCCAAGAACUACCUGAUCCCGCAGACCCUCAAGUCCACCGGGCUCCAACCCGACGUCAUUGAGAUGCCGGAUUCCACCAUACAGGCGGUGAUCCAGCACUACUCCCGCGAAGCUGGCGUGCGCAGCCUGCUGCGCUGUAUCGAGAAAAUCUACCGGAAGGUUGCGCUUAACAUUGUCAUGGACAACGCCGACAAACUGGAGCCAGCCGCUGUGAACAGCGGGGAGGAACCCCCAAUUGUGCUGAGUGACCGUGAUGAUGCGAAGGAUUCCGGCGCCAUUGCGGUUACUAACGCCGACGAAGGUGCGUCCACAGCUGCCUCCAGCGAGCGCGGCGACCAGUCCGCCGAAGCUGGCGCUGUGGAUGCAACCAUGUGCUCCGUGCUUUCGGGCGUAGACAAGUUGGUGAUCGAAGAGGACAAGUUGCAGUCGUACUUGGGCGUGCCGAUAUACACCAGGGACGCGCUCCAUCCCUACCCGCUGCCCUACGGCGUGGUCAUGGGAUUAGCGUGGACCAACGCCGGCGGCGCCACCAUGUACGUGGAGGCCCGCGGCCAAAUGGUCGACAAGCGCGGCAACAUCGUGGAGCCCAAUCGCAAACCGGCGUCCGAGAUCGCCGCCGAAACUGCAACUGCUGAAGAGCCAAGUGAGGAGUCCAGCUUCGGGUCAUUCCACGGCACGCUGAAGGUGACGGGGCACCUGGGGAACGUCAUGACGGAAAGCUCGCAGAUCGCGCUCACCUUCUGUAAGACGUUCAUACGCAAGCACCAGCCGCGCAACCUCUUCUUGGACGAGGCGCAUAUCCACAUCCACGUGCCGGAGGGUGCCACUCCGAAGGAUGGCCCCAGCGGCGGCAUCACCAUGGCGUCUGCCCUCAUCUCCGCCGCCGCCAAGAAGCGCAUACGGCCCCACCUCGCCAUGACCGGGGAGCUCACGCUUUCGGGCAAGGUGCUGCGCGUCGGCGGCAUCAAGGAAAAGCUGAUCGCCGCCAUCCGCGAGGGCGUGACGACCGUGGUUUUGCCGAAGACCAACGAGCCGGACGUUCUGGACCUUGAAGAGAGCGUCACCAGCAAGCUCGAGGUUAUCUACGUGGACUGCUACGACGACGUGUACGCUGCCGUUUUUGAGCACGAGUGA